AUGAAUCUCUUUGCAUUGUGCUGUAUGGCAGACAUACCUAUUGAGAAAAUCAAUUACUUCCUGGAGCAAACAUACCACAACAGCAGCAAAAUGGAUUGUCAACCAAGUCUUCUGCUUGUCUCGUCACUUGACGAGCUUGUGCAAGCCAACCAAUGUGAGGCAACACAACCACCAAUCAGUCCUAUCCAAUCUCCACUCAUCGGCAAAUCAAUCGAAGACAUGGCGAAUUCUCUACAUUCGACAAUCAAAGACACAUCGUCUAACGCCAUAGAUCCAAAUUUGUUCGCCGUUCUAGAUGAACAGUCACUAUCUGAGGAUACCGGUCUUGUCGUUCAAGUCAAGGAUGGUGAGGUGGAUUCUGUUUGCAUACAUUUCGACACAAUCAAUGCAGAGUUGAUCAGGAUACAAAUGAUUACAUUUGAUAUCAAAGAGACUAAAGGGCUUGCGGGAGAGGAUGGGGUGUUCAGGACCAAACCACCCGCGGAAAGUAGAAAGGGAGGACCUGCGCCGAGGAAGAAGUUAGCCUAG